GAGCUGAAACGGAGCUCUGCAGGGCUCAGACCACUGAUGACACAGACACAGACAGAGGAGCUACACAACUGACACAGCACUCCAUGGGUGAGUCAAAUUCAAAGUUUUAACGACAGCUGUGUGCUUUUACUUUUCUUAUUUCUAAAGGUUGCUGCAGUGCUGUUGGAAGAGAGUUCCACAUUCAGUCAGAGCAGCUCUCUACACUUUUGCAGAUUAUUUAGUUGAUGAGUUCUGCUUUUUUAUCAUGUUAUUUUUAGCUCUUUUUGUUUCUUUUUUGGCUUGUUUUGUUUGUUCAAAUGAGACUAUGACGAGAGAAAUGUGAGAAAUGUUGUCUAUUACCAGUUGCCCAGCAGUUUAAUUUGAUGACAGGGUUAUUUUGAAUCAUCCUACAAAUUCUGCCAUUCAGGAUGACGGUCAACCUCAAGAUAGAAAUAAAACUACAGUACAUUUUUCAAAGUAAAAAUCACAGAAAAUUUAGUAUCAGCCUGUGAAAACCAUAAAGCAUGCUUUACCCUUGACUUAAUCCUGUUGGUCCAUCAAGUCAAUCAAAAUCAAGCUAGAACUACAGGUGGUUGUUUAUGUAUAUGUGUGCAUCACUCAAUAACCAAUUAUCUUUUAAAUCUCUUCAAUGGUGCCUUUCUUCAUUUCUACAUGUGUAUGCAAAAGCAGAUUGUUGUAAAGAGUUUCUCAACUGUUGCCAACAAGCUAAUCACCGUUUGCUCUUUGAGAUGGUUGGUAUGGUUUUCAAGCCAGUCCUUUAAAGGUUGGACCCUACAUCAUGGUUAAAACAUGCAUUUGUCUACCAGCUUAUAUUUCUUAAUACUGUAUACACACUCAACUGAAACUGAAGUUAACAAGUUAGAGAUAAAAGUCAAACCUCAGCAGAUGAGUACUGAGAGAAACCUGCUCUCACCGCAGAUUGCGAAAUAGUCAGGAAAUGAAGAUAUACAUGGACACCUAGUGGGCCUACAUAGGCCAAGAAAGUAAACAAAGAACAUGCACACAGGAGACAAGAGUUUGAACACUGUGUUAGCAAUAACAUCAGAGUUACUUUAUUCUGGAGGCUUUAAUGGUCACAUUCAUGCUGUGUGGUCACAUUGGAUGACAAGUUUUCAUGUAGCACACUGAUCUAAUUUCUUUUACCCCCAAAAAAGUUUAGUAAUCAGGAUGGUAAUGAGGGAUCAAUGGGAUCAAUUGAGAGCUGAUGAACGUCAUCUUGCAUGCAUCCAGAAUGGAUGCUGCAAGCAAAGGCUCCAAGCUGCAACUCAGAUGUGGUUAGCAGUGCUAAUGAAGACAGCUCUCAUGAACAGUUGAAGUUUUAGGAACUGAGAAGGACAAAUUCCAACAGUCUUAAAAACCUGUAUGGUUUUGGAAAGGUGUCGCUUUUUCAGGAACUGAGAAUAAUUCACUUUUGUGCUUGUUUCUUUGUGUUUAUCACCCCUAUCCUUUUAUUUUAGGGGAACUGAAAACCACCUCACCCACCCACAUCAAACCUUACAAAGCCAGUUUUCCCUUGUUUUGUGUUUAAGUCAGAACCUUAAGCCAAUUAUUUAUCCAGCAAACUUAUAGAUGUGUGUUUUUAAGUUUUUAAACCUACAGAUUUUUCUGUUGAAAUGGUUCAACGUACUCCAAUGGCGCCCAUGAGCAGAUUUUACAAACACAUUAAUGCAGUUCAAGGUUUUCAGUGUCUAAGCACACAAUAGCUAUUGUUUAGUAACACUCAGUGCUCCAAGGUCCCAUCUACCUGCAUGUUUUUUCCUUUUUUUUUUUUUGGGGGGGGGGGUUGUUUUCUGUUUUGGCCUCUCAUUCAAAUACAAACAGAGUUUUAGAUUGAAAAUGAAGGUUUCUGACAAAACUUUCCAUGGUAAGGAACUCUGUUCAGGAUACCCAGGUGUCAUAAUCUCAACAUGCUCAUGGAAAUUUAGUUUAUUUGUACUGCAAAGUGAUGGGCUUCUGGUUAUUUACAUCUACUCAGUACUUCUGUUUGGUUUUAUUGCAUGUUAACGUGGAAACAUAGCUUUCUUUCUUCUCUACCAACCUCUAUUUACUAUAAAGCACUUUUCAUACAACAAUUAUGUAACAAAAACAAAACAAAUCUGACAAAUAAGUUGAAACAAAAACAAUUUGGAGUUUUAAAAACAGGUAAAAAAAAGAAAUCCUCAAAUCAAUUCUAAAAGAUACUGAAAGCCAACUCUGAGACUUUAAAACUGGUGCUGUGGGCUCUCCUUCGCGUCUUUGUCAGCACUCUCGCAGUUGAGUUUUGCAGCAGCUACAGCAGAAGAUACUCUUUAAAGAGAGAGCAAACAGACGCGUGUGCUCCAGCGUCUCUGCAUUGGUUUGACUGAGAAUAUUGUUGGCAACAACUUUGGAAAUUUUGGGGGCGGAGCUUCUGAAAUGUUUUGGAAUAUUUUAUGGGUGCAUGUGUGAAAGAAGCAUAGGUGUCUCUGGAAUGAAACUCUUUUCUCACAUCAAGCAUGAUAUUUAAAAAUAUUGAGAUCCAGUCAAGAGUAGACUUCUCUGUUUUGAAUGUCCCAUGAAGCUUGCAUAAUCUUCGGUCAUAACAUUUUGAGUGUUGCUGUGUAAAGAUGACUGUACUGAUACCAAUAAGAAAGUAUCAGCAUUCUGCAGUAGCGUGAGAAGCUGCUCUUUGGUCGGUUUCAAUUCUAACUUCAGCCUUCAUGCUUUAACACCCCACAGCUUUAGCUGCUGCGGACCGUGGUUUGAGGUUUCAUGACCAGUAGAAGAAUUUUGUGCUGCUGGGUUGCGCAUUAUCACUUUGCAGGAGGUUACAUAGGAGCACAUUUACAGGAAAACAAGUUUCUUUAGUUGUUGUCGGGCCACUGAUAGUUGAUUCUGAUCUAACACCUCUAACUUUAAAACUGAGCAGUUUAUAUGUUUUCAAGAAGCUUCAGCCGCAUCUAUAAACUGUGCUGUGUGUUUAAGAACAGGGAGCAUAAAGUGUUAAUUAUCUUUGCACCAUCUAUAGAUUAAUCAAACAUGGUUAAAAUAUAAGAUGUAGUGGAUUUAGUGUAAGUAAAUAUACAUGAAAUAAAUGAUCCUUUUUAUUGCAUUGGUCCUUUAAAAGGCCUCCUUGUGUUUCAUACCUUUAAGCAGAGGUGGGGGCUUGACGACUCGACUUGAGACUUGAGUCCCGUUUUUGACUUGCUUGAUGAAAUCAAGAAAAGACUUGGACUCGCUUGGGACUCGAUUGCUAAAGACUUGAAACUUGACUUGACUUGACUUGACUUGACCUGAGCCCAGUGAUUUGAAAAGUCAAGUCAAGUCUUUUCAAGUCACUUAAUACCUUACAGCAAGCCCAAACCGUUUAAAAAGUGUCGCAUCAACUAAUAGUCAGGAAUUACGGCCGUUGGUAACACCGUGUUGUGUUGUCAAGUCUGUUUAUUUCCCGCAAAAAAAUUCCCCUUGUUUUUGUCUUGUUUCUGGAGGUCUGUUUCCUUAUUUCUCUCACGAAACUUGGCAACACUGUCUCAAACUCUAGCCUCCCUCAUAACGACAACACCGGGAGGACUGAACAUAAAUCACUCACUAGUAUUGCCCGCCUGUUUCCACGUGUUGCCUUGUUUCUCUCUUUUGUUUUGUUUUGGAACAGUGAAUUAGAGUAUCAGUUUAAUGUUUAAUUGUAUUUGAGUCUUCCUUAUUUUUGUGCACAUUGUCUAAGUUUCCAAUUAUUGAAGUUUAUCUGAUUAUUUUUUGCAUGACAUGUAAAAUAGUUUGGUUAAAGCUGCACUAUGUAACUUAACACAAACAAGAACGCUUGUUUGAUAAUAAAUGCAAAUAGUGAAAAAUGCUCAUGAUUUAUGUAAAUCUUUACAUAUAACAAAUGGUUUAUGGCUUUGAUAUGACUUGUUUUUGACUCGAAAGAAACGUUAAGGACUCGGACUUGGACUCGAGACUUGAGAGCAAAGGACUUGGAUUUGCCUCGGACUUGAGAGCAAAGACUUGAGACUCGACUUGGACUUGCAACAUAAGGACUUUCCCCCACCUCUGCCUUUAAGCGUAUAUAUUCACUUGCUUCUCUGUCGUUUUGUAGUUGCUUUUCUUUUAUAUGAGUAUAUAGUGUGUGUGUAACUGUAUGGAGAUAUACACAGAGGCUAAAAAAAUGUUAAUGAUUUAUCAGAUUAUGUAUAGGUGGGGUCCAAGGUUCUAGCUCGCACAUAAAAGUUGUAAACCAUGCACCAAUAUAAAGCAGAAUGUAACUGUUCUAUACUUGGCUGUAAUGUUGAAUGUAAUGCUCUAGAUAGAGAGAUAAGGAGAUAAGGAAGCAAAGUGCAGCAUCAUUGAACUCAGUACAGCUACUGAUAAAUUACUCUACACCUCUUCAGAAACACAGGAGGGAAAGAAUUAAAGAGAAUUAAAGUCACGUCAAUUUAACAGAGAGACUAUGAAUAACCUAAAACUCUAAACCCCAAAUGUAAGAGUUACACCACUCACUUAUUUCUGCUGCGCAAUGAGACCUAGUCGCUCACUCGCUCACAGGCGUAGUAAAAAAUAAAUACCUUGACCUCAUAUUAGCCUUGUGGUUAUUCUUGUCAUACAGAAAUAAAAAGUGCAGUGUAAUUCUCGGUAUGCAGACACUCAAACUUGAAUCUUGCAGGUAAGGAGGUAAAUUUCAGUAUCAGAGAGUAUUUUUGUUUUUUGACUAGCGGUUUUGAUGUUUCAAGCAAACACAAUCCUGUCGGUUUCAGUCCUGUCAUUUCAGAUGUCCACCUCUUUCAUGAUGGACCUUUUGAGUAUCAGAACUCUCAUUUGGAAAAUGUUCUUUUUUAUAGUAUAUCUACAGCAAAGUUGUCUCAAGUCCAAAUAGAUUUUUGGAGGGUCAAAAUGAAAUGAUAGAUGUCUGGAGUGAUUUUUCAUUUUGGAUGUUUGAAUUCAGUUACAGAUGUUUGUUAUCAUAGUAUGUGUUCAGGUCUGUGGUAACAGCAAAAGAGGUAGAAACCAUUUUUUUAUAAAUGAAUCCUUGAACCCAUCAGCUUUUAUUGAAAGUGUAUUUGCUUUACCAGCCUCUAUAAACAGAUAACUUCCCGUCAUGGAUGUUAUUCCUCUCCUCUCACACCUUUUUCGUUGCCUUCUGACAGAUAACUAGUGCAUCCUCACCUGUAAUCAUGUUUGUCCUCUUUAGUUAUGGUCUGAUUCUCUUCUUACUGAUCAUUGAAAGACAAACUACGAGAAAUAAACAUUCAUUUGUAAAGACUGACUUCAUGUAUUGAUUGGACAGUUUUGGCAACACGGUGAGCCAUCAGGAUAAACUUAUCUAACCGAGUUGAGUGAAAGAAACAAACCACUUCCUUCAGUAAAUAUGUUUGUUUUGUGGCGUCACAAAGAGCUCACAGGGAUAUAGAAAGUAUCUCCGACAUCAGGAUGCAGGGGCAUUUUUAAAGCUAGUCAAGGUCGCAGGCACAGGAACAGCCAGUUUCACUUUACUGGCAGUGUUGUUUCAGUGUGUGUGUGUGUGUGUGUGUGUGUGUGUGUGUGUGUGUGUGUGUGGGCGAGCGCACACUGGACCUCCGAAUUGUUCCACCCUUGCAGGUUGGAAAGUCCCCCGGUCUCUUUCUCCGGUCCUGUGUGUCCGAGUGAGUAAGUUGUGUGGGUUUAUGCAGCAGCCAAUCAAACUCUCGCUCUGAGGAAGCAGGAAGGAACUCGCACUGCCUGUCGACCAAUAGCAGGCCAGGGCUUGAGGAGGAAAUGACUGGCAGAGUAUCAGGGUUCACACAACCAACAGACUUCCUAACCAUCAAGACUGAUUGUUUUAUCUGCUCCUCCAGCCAAUACUUCAUUUUUCCUCUUUUUUUAACUGAUUAUCAUUUUAUUCUUUUAUCUGAAUUCUUUUUUUUUCCUUCCUCCAAAUCGAAACACAACUUUGAUCUGUCGCUUUUGAAUUUUUGCUCCAACAUAUCCAACCGUGACUCCGUCCAACUAAAACCGCGUGCCGUUAGAAAAGUAUGGUGUUUUUUUGUUUUGUGGUACCCCCUUCAUGUCUGCUGACAUGUCCGGCCCGUCCCUGAGGAAGAAGUCGUUAAUGCUGAGCUCCAAGCCAAGCACCAGGAUGUGUAUUCGGGAACAGAGGGAUGUCCUGUAAGUUCAUUUUAUGUCUCUUCCAUCCUGAGCCUGGUACAUUUUCUCAUUGACUUUUGUUUUUUGGCUCUGAGGCUGAAUUUCCAAAAGAGCUAUCUGCAGGUUGUCCUUAUCGAGAUCAUUAUCAUUAUUUAAGUGAGAUUAUAUUGUGUGGUUUUGGGAUUUAUCUGCUUUCCCUGCUGGUUGUGGAUAUCUGGCAUCACUUCGUUCUUGGUUGUCUUUGUCUGUAUCAGGAUUUUUUGGAUUUGGUUCAGUUUCUUUGGAUCAGUGAAGCAACUUUAAGGUUUCCUUUGCCUGUUUCCUUCUGAAGAAUCUCCAAAUUUGAGCUAUUUCUCUAUAUUUCUUUACCCUCUUCUUUAUCAUGACGCUUUUUCUCUUAAAUUGUUCAUCUGCUUGGCCUUGUUUCACACAUAACAGCAAAGAUGCCACAAAAAAUGAGCACAUUAUAGGAUGCUGUGAUCAACAUCAAAAUGCUGUUUUUAAAUUCAGGUAUCUCAAAGAAAACAAAUAAGUUAGAAUCAAAUAUAGACCCAGAAAUGUGCUGAAAUAUAAUCUUCACAAAUGUUUAAAAUAUGCAAAAGUAAUCUGAGAGGAGGAGUGAAAAGUCUGUGCUUGUACAGUGUUGAUGUGUUUGUGUAUCAGAGUCUCUGCAGUGGAUUUGUGGAACUGAAUCUGAAACUGAAGCAAAUCACGAACCAUUCGCUUUAUGUAAUAUCGUGAAAUCACAGAAUUUAAAGAGAUUUCAGGAUAAAAGGCGGCCUCCACAUUUUCUUAAUGUCGUUUCAGUUUCAUGGGAAAAGAUUACUGUGAUUUUAUAAACAUGGGUUGUUUGUCCUUUUGUGGGCUAGAGCAACAAACGAUAAAGGCGUGAUUCAACUUUUUGCUGUUGAGAUUUCUUCCUCAGUCUUGUGGAUUAUAAUCUAACAGUUUACUCAUUAGUAAACUAACCUUCUUUUGUGAACCCUGUCAGCAAAGUAGUUUCGAUCAAAGCGUUCAGAGCCCAGAAAAGAGAAGAGGAGUGGGUUUUAAGGAAAUCAUCGGUAAACAUAUUCUCUCAUGACACAUUUGAAGUAGUCGCAUCCUGACAGCUUUCACCGGACAUGAAACUUUGCAUUAAAAACUAUAAUAUGUUCAGUUAAAGCUGACUGAACACCUACGCUGCAGCUGCAGUGUACACACUGUACCUUUUUUUCUCUCACUCCUUCUCUGUGCAGCGGAGUGUUAAAAGAAGAGAUCCAAGUCCAGUUUGUAAAGUAAGGAAAUGUUGUGUGAAAGUGGGUGGUCAAUAUUGGUUGUGGACACAGGCCUCAAAGUGGAGGACAGAGACAUUAUCCAUAGAGUAAGACAUUAGUGAAACAAAGAGUAAACCUGAGCAACACAAACACAAAAAGGAGAAAGGGAAGAAUUAUCAAGUCAAGGCGUCAAGGACGUUUCUGACCUGAGUUCAGAGGGGGUGUAUAUGGUCAGAAUGUGAUAAAGUACAGUAGGGUUCACUGAAGAUCAUGUCCUGGAUCAGAUGUGUCCAAAAUCAAAGAGCAAAUGUCAAAACUUAUGGAAGAAGCUCUCAGGUCUGUUAUGUGUUAUAAAUAUAUUUUGAUGGUGGGAUGUCACUUCAAAUAAUGUUGAAGUUGCUGCAGUGCUUCUUAGCUGAGGUGAAAGUAUAGAUGUAUCUGUAAAUAUAGAUGCUGAUUACACAUCAAACUAUCUCCUGUGAGUUUGAGAGGAUCGUUUCUUUCUUUCUUUCUUUCUUGUUGUGAUUUUUAACCUCUAAGAUCAGGCUGCAUAACUGUAUCAUUAUAAAUUACAAAGAAAAAACAAAAUAAACCAAGUAGCGGCUGUGCUUUUUUUCUUUACUCAUUCGUUAGUCUUGUUCUCCAUAACUGUUUUUAGAUUUGAAGUGGAGAAUUAAACUUUCAGAUUUCGGACAUCAAUGAAAUAAACAAGUCUGCCAUAUUAGUUUUAUUUAGCCUCAACAACUUGAUCCUUUCAGCUCUGCUAUUAAACCUUUAUGAAAAAAAUGAUAGGAGCAGAACGAGUAAACACUCAUUCAGUUUUCCUGAUAAUCAUACAUAAGAAAAGUCGUUCAGUGCAUUUUAAAUUUAUGCUAUUGUGGUUGGAUAACCAACAGAAAACUGUGUCUGUUGUGAGGGGAAGAAAACGCACCAUGAGGAGGUUUACAUAUCACAGAGGGAAAAUAAUCUGAGCAGACACCUGACAGCUGUGGGAGGAAACUAGGUUCUUUCAGAAACCAAGUUUUUUACGCUGAAAAUGUGAUUCAACCUCCUGAAAUAAUGUCAAAGAAAACCAAAUCGUGCGACAAAAUCAAGUGGCAGAGAAGGCUGGGAUUUGUUUACAUGUGUCACCAACAACAACACUGAACUUAAUGAUCUGUUUCCCCACAACUUUUGGCUGCUACUCAGACUUUGUACCAAACCUUCGUACAUACAGUAUAAAUCAUUUGGUAGGUAGUUUUAAAGACAUAGAGCCUUGUAGAAGCGCAGAUCAAACCUGGGUUGUGAAGAUUAAAUUAUAGUUGUAAACAUUUGAUGCCAAAAAAAGAAGCCUGUAGUUUUUAACUUAAAGUAUGAACAAAGGCUUUGGAAAGAAACACACUAAAAAAUGCAUUUAAGUGCUUUGAGUGCUCCGUGACGUUUCCACUCUGGCCUAAGCGGUCAGCUGUCAUUGCUGUUGUUUCUCCGCAAGCCAUGUGUCAGAGGCAGAGAAAGAAAAGGCCACAUUUACAGGAAAUGUGUUCUCAUUUUUGAGCCCCUUGUUGGGGGGAGGAGGAGUGCAGCAGGUGGGCUUGCAAGUCAAUGCAAAAUCUCAACGCUCUUCCUGCUUCUUGCACUCUCUCUACAUCUGCCUGACUUCAGUCCUUGGUGUUACUGUUUUUACUGUCAGUGCAUUCAGCUUCUAUAAGGAAACAUAGAUGUGAUUGUAGUUUAUUCAUCUUUAUGUUUUUUUUAUCCAAAAGCCUAAGUGAAGUACAGCUUUUGUCAGCUGGUCUGAGUUGAAUCCUUUCUUUAGCCGUUUGACUCCUUCCUGUGAAGUGACAUGGUCAAAUUUGGACAUAGGAAGUGAUGAUGUGUAGGGGAAGCCAUGUGCAAAGAAAGAGGACCUGGUAUUACGGUUUCACCUUUCUUUGAGUGUACAGCUGCAGGUGCGUUUUUGCGUAGAGUAAACGUUGACUUUCUGUUUCUGUUCUGUUUUUUUUGUUUGUGAAGAAGGAACCAAAGAAUCCUAUAAAGUGCCACCGAAACGUGUGGUCCCUAAAGCCGGUGGAAUUCAUAUCCUCCAACAGCAAACUGUAAUUUACAUCACAUGUUAGCUGACCUCAUUGAUCAGGUCACUAUACAUUCAUAAAACCACACUAGAGGUGUUUGAAAUCUCUUCCCAUGAAAAUGUCUCUGCCACAUGAUACUAUUCCUGCACUUGCAUUACUCAUAUCUAAUUCUCUUUAUGGUUGAAGUCAGGUCACUUCAGGCUGGUCACUCCUAUAAAACACACAUAAAGUUGCCCUGUAAAAAGAUUAUAACAUUUACAGUCUUCUUUUAAGCUUUCUUGACUGUUAAUCCACUUAAGCUCUGCAUUUUGUCCUGCAUUUGAACCCUGAAGUUGGUAAUGUGAAUUAUUCUAUUCUUUCCAGGCGGUUAGAUGACCGUUUUUGCUGUGCGCUAAACUAGUUUGGCCUAUUUCUAAGAAAGCGACUCAUAUGGUUAGGUCAUUGUCUGAUAAACAGCUGUUCUUGUCGCCUUAAAGCCACAGUGGGAAAUUUUCAGCUGAUUAUGAAACAGACUUAAUUAAAAUUGUCUCUAUAUGACUCAUAAAGCGAACGAGACCAUUAGUAUUAAAACGGACUAUUUCUACGAAUCAUAAUGGCCUGAAUACACAGCGACCCUAGUUAUAUAUAGAAGAUGACCACUUCUUUUCAAGACUUAUUUUUACAAGAUUUUUUAAAAGCCAGAUCUUAAUUCACUGUGUUGAUGACAAACAAAUACAUUGAAUGUCUUUUGACAUUGAAUCACUGCAUUUAAAUCAAACAAAAUAUAAUUUUAUGUAUAAAUUAAACACUUGUGGUAUCAUUAUUCAAACACUGUAUGGGUCAAAAGAUAACUCUGCUUAUGGGUUUACCUUUAAUCAGUUCUUCAGUAACAUUUAAAGGCCAUCUUUUCAGGCUCACCAUCUUCAGACAUUACACUCUGUUUCAUCAUACCUUUUAUGUAAAUGUCUCUGCUGCACUGAUAAGCUUUUCUUUGAAAAACCAUAUAUGCAGGGGGUUUACCGUUAAUAUAAGCAACACCUCACAGGUCGCAUGUUUGCUUGAACUGAAUUAUCUAUUCAAUCUGAUCAUCUCUUGAUAAGGCGGGGUGCUUGAUUUGACAGGUUAUCUCACCUAAUAAUGUCAUGAGGGGAAAAAAACUGUCAAUAAUGGCACCACCUGGUCUGAAAGGAAAACAGCUGCUUGUGAAUACGGGCUUCUUGUCUUCCACAUGUUCACUGUCAGUGGGGCCGAGCCCUUUAAGAGACCCGUUCCUGUCGCCAGUUUACACAUAUAAAUUGUGGUUAAUCAUUCAUCUGGUCAGAGGAAAACUAAAGGCGGAGAAGUUAACUCCCCACAGCUCACACAGACCUCUAAAGAUAUCAGCCCUCAGUCUCUAUUUGUAUUUUAACACCUACAUACUCAAGUCAUUGUGAACAUGUGAAGCUAAAGCAGCGGAGGAACCUCUGUGGUCAGCUGACGUCGAGGGGGAACAGGAGGUGAGGUAAAACCUUAGCUCUGUAUGAUACAGUCUGCUUCCUGAGCAGGACAGACGUUUCUUCCCGGCACCCAAGACAGCGGUCUACCGCUGACCUUUAAAUCUGAUGGAGGGAGUUGUGUGGGUUUGCAUGUGUGUCUUGGGGAGUCAGUGGUGGAAUUGAAACCAAACUGUUCUCACUGCAUAGCAACAGUGUUCACUUUACCCACACAAAUGUUUGUAACAGGCACCUGGCAGCUGUAUAAAAUCUGUGUCAUGAUGCCACAGCAGAUGCAAAGAGUUCAUAAUGGAAAUUAAAUCCACUUACCCUAAAAAUGAUUUCACAAACAGUAAGCAAAACAACAUAGAAGAAGUUUUACUUGACAAAAAAGUAUAAUAGAAUACAGUACGCUUGUUUUCUGGAUACCUGCGAACCAUCAGGUUUAUCAUAGCCUUCAUCAGUAAAUAGGGUUUGCUUUGGUGUCACAGAGUCGGAUUUUCUGUUUCAGCAACAUGAAACUUUGUUAACUUUGUUCAAACUGGCUUACUCUGUUCAGUUCAUAUAGGUUACAUCAAUUUUGUCUGUAAUAAUCUGCUGUCUGUAGAGGAAAAGACCUAGAUCAAUGUUAUAUGUCAGCCUGUCGUUUUAUGAUCAUGUGCAUUCAUCCCUGUAUGGACCACAUGGGCUUUUCUAAAGUUAUGAAGAUUAUUAAAAAGAAACAAUACAGAACUGUAGAAUAUAAAGAGAUGCGACUCAAUAUCAGUGAUUUUGGCAAGGGAAAUAAUAAAUACACACUGAAUAGUGAUGGGAAGUUUGUCUCUUUUCAGAGAGCCGGCUCUUCUGGCUCAGGUCCCAAAGAAGAGCCGGCUCACUCAACUCCCAAACGGCUCUAAAAUGUAGGAUAUUUUAUAGCCCUAUAUUUUACCUUAACUUCACGAAAAUUAACAGUUUCAGUGUCAAAAACCCUUUUGCGUUCAGUGUUUUUAUGGGAAGCCUUAUAAUUGCCUAAUUUUGUAUAUUUAUUCUGUUAUAUAAAAAAUAUAUAUUCUUACUUUUGUUUAAUAUUUUAAUCAAACUUUUUUGUCGCACAAACUAACAAAUAAAAACAAAUAAAUGAAUAAAAAAUACAGCUGCAGACAAAUCAUCAGAUCAGAACCAAACUGAAGCAAACAGAAUUAAUGUCCUCAGUGCAGGUUGACAUUCAUCAAAUCAGAUGUCUCAGCUUGGAUGGGCUGAUUUUUCUCUCUGUGACUGUCUGCUCCCUCUCAAGUUUUACAUAAUGGUAUUAUCCUAUACCCUCAUGUGGAUAUGUGAGGAUGUAGGAUAGUCUGGAGGACCAAUAGGAUAGCCCUACAUAUACUGUGUCUUAAUUUACAAUGAAAUGUAAGCAGCUCAAGUGUAAGUCUCGUUUGCCCUUUUUAAUGCUAUGAUGUGUUGAAGAAUCGUAACCUCAGGCUUCAUUCCUCUGUGGUUUGAUUGAUCUUGGGGAUUUCCAAGAUGAGUCUGCUCGAGUUUCAGUUUCAGUUUUAGUGAUGAAGCGGUGGUCAGUCUGCCAUCAUCAGUCUGCCAUCUCUUAUCUAAGCUGGUUAAGAUUUGAUUUUUCUGGUUUAAAAGGCAUAAGUUUGAUGUUUUUCUACAACAACAAGCUUUUGUUUUCACUUGACCUUGUUGCAGCCAGUUGUGUGCGUUUGUUUGUGUAGGUGUGUGUGUUAGUGUGUCCAGAGAGGAAAUACGAUUGAAUGACUCUGGUAUGCGAGCAGCUCCCGUCCUUCCCUUCCUGGUAAACAGCUGUUUUCUGAUCAGCUCUCAGCCUCACAAAUGAUGGAAAUCAGCAGCAAUGGGGUCAAGUGGUUCAACAAGCCUAUACACCUUCUUUGGUACUGAGAGAUUUUUGACAGAUAACAACCUACAUAUGAGUGACAGCCACCUUCCUGUUCAAUAAAACAACGAUAAACUAUAAAGUUGCCAUGGACACAAGGAUGUUUACUCAUUAUUGAUGUGUCCUGUAAACCUUUUGACCGUUUUUUUCAAUUUCCUUGUUAUUUCUUGUCAUUAAACUAUGAUUCAAUGCCCCAUGUGAGAAAGUAAGGUUUAAUUUUCAGUUUCUCACGCCAAUGACGCCAUAGUAAGGGUGGUAAAAUUUUGCUUUUAUGCUGACUGACAGAGUAUGUCUCAAACUGUUUCACAACAGUGCAGUGAAUGAAACUGCUGUAUUUCCUUCAUUCAUAGAUGACAGUGUUUUUUUCUCUGUGACGUCUCUGUGGUUUUUCACAGAAUCUGUGAAUAAGAAUUCAAGUUUAAUUCUCAGGGAGAAAAAGUCUUUCAAGAAAUGUUGAAUUCUGAUUUAAAAGUGUAAUAGUCCGAGCAUCUAAGUAAUAUUUGAGUCAUUAAGAUCAUGGAAAAAAGGUUUAGAAUUUUAGGAAGUGUCUCUAAUCACUUGACUAUGAAGUCAUAUUUUAUAUUCAGACUAUCCAUGUUCAUCAUCAGCUUUACCAGGAAUUGCAUUUUCUCAAAACUGUGGAUUUGUCUUCUGGAGCUGUAGCAUUGUACUGUAAUUGAUUAUAACUAUCUGUUUUAUAAGAUAUUGACAUAGUGCUUAAAACAAGCAUGCAGCAAUACUGUGAGAUCAUGGUAGAAGUCCACAAAUGAUAAAAAUAGGAAAGCUGAAGCAGUAGCAGCCCUCUGAGAGAUGAUAUGACAUUUAAAAAAUAAAAAUCUUUUUAAAAAAUUAUGAUGAAUCCAAACAUUGGAGCUCAGACCUCUUUGGGUUUACAAAUGAAGUGAAUGUUUACACCUUCAAACCAUUAUUUUGUUAGUUUUCAUUCAGUUCUAUAACUUACAAGAAUUACAAUGUUUCAAAAUAAGAGCACAGUUUAACUAUGUAGUUUCACAUCUAGAUAAAACAGGAGUUUGAACAUUAUCAUAAAUUGAUGAAAACAUGUAAGUGAACAGUUUUUAAUUGUUAAGUGUUUGAAGCAGUGCAUCAUUUUUAUCAUUUAUUUUGAUAUUUGAUUUUUAUAUUAAUCAUAAGAUAAAAAUCUGAUACCGUGACAGGCCUAGUCUCUCCCAAUACAACACCAUCCCUCUUUUCAGGCCCAAUAAAGUCUCCAGGUGCUGUCUGGUUCUGAUUAAGGUUUCUGUCGGUUGAAGGAAUAAUGUAGAAUGAUGCUACAAAGAGCCUAGUUUAUGGCAAAUUAACAAGAAAACCCUGAAACAUAUUUUAAUUGUAGCUAUUUAUGAAAAAUAUUACAAAGAUUGUGGUCUUGAUCUUCUCUUUUUAAGACCUCUUGAGAUUGUUGUGAUUAAUACAAUUGAAUGAGAAACCAGUCCUGUGAAAAUCUAAAGAUGUUAACAACAGGUUCUGACUGGUGUCUCUUAGUAGUAAUAGAUGGUUCUAGACUAUCAGGCUCUUUCCUUGACCCCCGCACCCCCACUCCCCUCAAAAGAAUGCAGAGUGUACAGUCAGAGGUCCAUCAUGUUGUUUCAGAUCGGUCUGCUGCAGGUUGAGAACGAGAGCAUCAGGAAACCUUUGAAGCAACGAUAAGCAGCAGCUGAGCUUUGACCUUGUGCAAAUUGAGAUGAGGUUUAGUUAGACUGCAGAGCUGAAGCCUUUAUCUCUCAUUGUGCUUAUAUAUGUGUGUGCGCGUGUGUACAUGCGUGUGUGUGUGCGUGUUGUGGCCUUUGUCCACCAGUUAUCAGUAAACUGUGCAGUAGAUGAUCACAACCACAUGAUAGCCUUUGUGUGUCCUCUUGAAGGCUUCCAAACACACACACACACACACACACACACACACACACACACACACACACACACACACACACACACACACACACACACACACACACACACACACACACAAAGCAGGGCACCCAAAGGGAACAUGCUACAGCUCCACCUUGGUGAUUUAUGGAGUCUCACCCAGGCUUCUUCCCUCCAGUUUUUUAUCAGCUCUCCAUUCUGACUCCCUUUACUCUACAUUCUUGCAGCCUGACACAUGAUUAAACUUUGUGCCAGCAGAGUAAUAACAAAGCUUCAACUCAAAAUGAGGGUAGUUUAAUCCAAUUUAGUAGUUUAGUGACAUAUUACUGUUUCUUGCUCGAUUUCUGUGAAAUUUAGCAGGAAUAACUGUGGUCUCCGAGCUGAUUACUGAUUACUGUGCACAUUUAGCUUCAGAUACAGAGCGUGUUGUUUUUAAUGAGUCUUAAAUCUUUUCAAGGGUUUGAUUAGAUUGGACAGUUUUAACACCAGGAAAUUAUCCAUGUUUACAUAUAACUGUGUUUCGUUUAGUUGGAAAUCAAAGUGCAGCUACUCGUGGUUAAUCCUGUGGGUCAUGUGGCUACUAAGAAAAGCAGAAAACUGAUGACGGGUAUUAUUUGCUUAAUUUCCUCAAAAUUUUUUCUCUAUUCUUGUCAAGAUUUUUAUCAUGAUGUGUAUCAAGUAUGUAGGAGGAGACUGUAAUAAUGACUAAAUGCUCAGUCAUGCUCACUCAUACUUAUCACACUCCAACUGAUUAUUAAUCCUCCUCCUGCACGUACAGGAGUCAAUUUUCACCAUCUUUCAGAAGUUUAAGAUUGACUCUGGUUCCUGUUAGUCCUUUAAAACUAAUGGAAAGAGUAGUUUUGCUGCUUUUAUAAUCUGAACCAGUCCGUAGAUAACAUACAAACAAACUUGGACAUAUUCUGUGAUCUAGACCACUUCAGAUGAAGUAUUCUGUUGCUUAAGUAAACUGCCCUUUAAUAUAAUCAAAUGUCAAUCUGCCGGUCAGUCAUCGUCAGAGUUACAUCACGUUUAAAGAAGCUGUACGUGGAUGGAUUUAUUUCAGUCUCAGUUGAGUCGUCAAACAGCCAUCCCUGCAGGUUUUUAUCUCAGGGAAAGGAAGCAGAUUUUUACAAGAAGUCCUGGUAAAUAGUCCUCAUUCCUGGACUCAAUAAACACACAUGCACAUGCACACGCAGAUACACACACAGUCCCUCCCUCUGAGGUCAGUAGAUGCUGCUGAUAGACUGGAAGUUACACGUAAACACAUUGGAUGAUAAAGCACUUCAGUUGGAUGUUAAUUUUGAGUUCUUCUCUUGCGUGCUCCCACUCACACACACACACACACACACACACACACACACACACACACACGCAGACACACUCACACACACACAAAUAUCUGUUACGUGAAGCCUUGAACCCAGCACAUGGACAUGACAUGUUUCCUGUCCAAAGUGAAUGUCUGGGUGUAAGUCCACUAUCUCCAUUUGGGUGUUUAUUUGAGAGGGGAGGCAAGACAGAUAUAAAUCAACAAAGACAGCCCAAGAGAGAGAGAGAGAGAGAGAGAGAGAGAGAGAUCAUCAGAAACUCAGUGAGCUUCAGAGGGUGAAAUCAAAGCCAGUUUGAUCAGACGAGACUGAAAACCGGACAGACAGGCCCCUCUUAGUUCUGAUCUGAUGAGGCGUAACAGCAAACCCACUCAGGACGGACGGAAGAGAAAAAGUUUGAGGCUUGUCAGCUGUCGGUUCGACUUUCCUAGCAUGGAUGUACUACCAACGUUAGCUUCCACUGUUUUAGACUCCACUAUUAGCCUGCUGAGGGAGAGCACAGCAUUUAAGAGCAUCAGCAGGAGGCUCAAAAGGAGGUAGGAAGAACCAAGAUCAUUUACUGACUAAUAUUUCUGAUAUGGGAUCCUAAUACCUUUAAUCAACUUUAAAGAAGAUAGAGGAAAGUAAUUUUUGCUUUACUAAUCCAGAAUAUUUCAAACCCAGGUAAUCAAAGAGGGCAAGAAUAGCAUCAACGCAAUGAUCAAAAAUAUUCAUUUCAUUAAAUAUGAACUUUAUAUCUACUCAGUAUAUAAACAAAGUGUUGUAGACAACCAUGAGUGGCAUCAGUGUCUCUUUCCUUCUUGUUCCACCUGCUCAUUAAUGUGAGCUGAUAAACAGACAACCAGAUAAAGACAAAAACAAGUUCAUGCAAAAUUUGGAUCCAUAAAUGAGCUUGUUGGAUUGAUAAUUGGAGGUCAAAUCAGUGACAUUUUUCUCUUGAUAUUUUGGGAUGAUAUAUGAAACGGCUUCAGCACCUAGACAAGGUCGUUUGCCCAGUGACUGUUGAUAUCUGUUGACUUUUUGUUAAAAGGAUGUUUUUCCCUGCCACUGUCACUCAUGUUAGAUGAGAUGGGCCAAAUCCCAUCUUUGGUUGGGUCUUGAUAAUUCAUCAAACAAUGAGCGUGGUCUAGACCUGCACUUUUUCUUUGGAAAGUGUCUUGGGAUGACGACUGUUGUGAAUUGGCGCUAUAUAAAUAAACCAUACUGUGUGUCUGCUAUCUUCAGUUUGAUAGACAUCUCUUUUACUUGGCUCUUUGUGUCCUUUAACCUCCCUCACAGUUUGCCUCCUUUUUUAAUAUUUUUCUUUGGAGAUGGUUGGUCAGCUAGUAAAAUAAAGUUUCCAUGUAUCAAAAUAAACUAUAAGUACUGUUAAAAUGUCUUCCAUGUUUUUAAUUGCCAAGUAAAAGGUGUUUUUACCACAGUGUCAACAGGCAGAGGUAAAAUGUGCAGCACUCUUUUCUGUGGACUGAUAAAUGACUUGAUGAGUGUGAUCUGGAUGACCUUUAUAUCACUUUAGUGUUGAGAAAUAACUCACCUUUGUUAUGGAGUUUUGACUAACCUGGAUCAAGUGGUUGGCACAGCUCAGAUGUGAAGGCGUUCACAUUUGUUGUUGUUGUUGUUUUCUUUUUAAUUGGAGAUGUUUAUUUCCCUGUCUGAGCAUCUUAAAGCAGUUUUACCCUCUUCAUUUUUGACUUAACAACAACCACAUGAAUGCUUUCUUCAGAACUCAAAGUGCUGCUAGAUUAUUGCUGUUUAAAAUAUCGCGUACAUGCAGAUUUGUUCCCAGAGGGAUGUCAGGCUUGUCCCUGUCUGGUUGUCACAUCUGUCAUUGAUUGACUUUUCCUCGCCUCUCAUUGUUUUUCUCCUGUAGAACCAUGUCGUCUCCAGAGGUGUGCUGGCCGGUGCCGAUGCGAGCCAUCGGGGCUCAGAACCUCCUCACCAUGCCAGGAGGAGUUACAAUUGCAGGGUACCUCCAUAAAAAGGGAGGCAGCCAGUUCAGCCUCCUGAAAUGUGAGUUCAUAUGAUGAUGGACCAAACUGUUCAGAAUGUCUUAUCUAUGUCGAUCCUGUAACCUCUACACUUUAAUCAGGUUAAAAAUAUGUCAAGAGCUUCCUCAUAUGUAUUACCUCUAAAACUAACAGUUUGAUUGUUCGCUGCCUGUUUCGCAGGGCCACUAAGGUACACCAUCAUCCACAAAGGCUGUGUGUACUACUUUAAGACCAGUACCUCUGCUGCACCACAGGGGGCGUUUUCUCUCAACGGCUACAACAGGUCAGUUGAAUUUCCAGUAGUUGCCUUUUAGUAAUGUUAUAUGUUAUCAUACUCCUACACUUAGAACAGCUGUAGUCUAUUAUGAACAUACACCAAAUAAAUACCUUAAAAGCAUGAUGAUUUCAUAUACCGACAAGGACUUCUGUGCACUUAGGAUCAGAAAAUUGCCUCUUUGUCAUUGCAGUUUAUCCCAAGUCAGUUUAUAUAUGCUAAUUUGAUACAGCAUGAAUUGCAAAGUAGAACUUCUACUUUGUUUGCAAAUAUUUCCAACCAAAAUACAUCUGUCCUCCCUCGCAGGGUAAUGAGAGCAGCAGAAGAAACCACGUCCAGUAACGUGUUUCCUUUUAAGAUCGUCCACUUCAGUAAGAAACACAGGACAUGGUAUUUCUCAGCAGCCAGUGAGGAUGAGAGGAGGGUGAGAACAACUGUACAUGUACUUUUAAACACACAUACAUAAGUCUGAACCAGCAUGAAGCCAUUUAUGCAAAGUUGUAAACCAUAUCAAGGCCUGAAAAUGUUUUUAUUACAAUCACCUAAAUAUGUAACUGGGAUUAAGUAUGUAAAUGACACACAAGUGCACACACAUGCAAUGAUUUCAUGUUUUUUAUUUUUAUUUUUUUAUUGCAUUUACAGAGAUGGAUGCGGCACCUGCGGAGGGAGAUAGCUCAUUACAACGACAGAAAAGAGUGCCAAUUUUCAAGGUAACUUCAGAAAAUCACACAUACUAACUGUUUACAUUUAUAAUAACCAGACUCUCUUGUAAAUAUAAGUGACUUUACACUUACUUUUAUAUCAGAACUUUUUACAAGAUGGAAUAAUUGAAAGGUAUACUUUACAGUGCCCAACAGUUUUCUCACUGCGCUGUCAGCAGACACACAGCCUCGUCAUCGUCACUCUGACCUCAGUCACCUUGAACAUUUGAGAGAGAGCCUUUCAAACUGACUAUUUAAGCUUUUUCAUCUUUUUCCCAUUUCAACUUUUUCCUUGCAAGAAAUUUAACCUGCAGGCUGAUUUAUAAUUUAUGUAGGCAAUUAAAACGGCCUCUUGAUUUUGAUUACACCCAGCAGUUUUAUUCAGAUCACACAUGCUGUCAUUAGGGAAGGGGACAUCGGCAGCUCGUUUCACAGCUUUCCCCCACAGAUUGCCUGCACUGACAAGGAAACCAGUUUCUAAGGGAAAUUCAUUUAUGUGUGCAAAAAUAAAGCCAUCUCCCUCUCUUACUAACUCUAAAAACAAAUUUUUCAUCAAACUGAAAAAACUACACAUCUGCACUUAUGACAAACACCUUUACAUUGUGCAGUACAGAAGUUUUUGACCUCACUCUAUUCAUCAGAAACACAACAGGACACUCAUUUUUGUGUAUGUUUUUAUGCAUUUAUGCUAAAUUAUUAGUUAAAAAUAUUGAUUUUUUUUCUUUUUUACUGUUUUUUGCCUCAAAUUAAUUCAUCAUGGUAUUUUCUUUGUUGUUAUAGUGACUCAGAUUCAGAUGCUGACAGUUUUUAUGGCACCAUCGAGAGGCCCAUGGAAAUCAGACAGCCAGUGGAUAACCCAGAUUCUUGUAAGACAUGGAAAAAAUCUGAUACACAACACAUUGUACAAGAGUGAGAUUAACAGUUGUAUUUAUUUAUUUUAAUUCUUGUUUUCUGUGUAGAUUAUGGUGACGAGGAUGAUGAUGACGACGAGGAAGACUAUCUUAAACCAGAUAGUGACUGUUCAUCGACAAUUUCAGGUGAUUUAAUCUACAACACACACAUUUCCUGUUGCAGGCUCAAUCAGCAUGAACUGAACAUUUGACUGUACCCAACUUUAUCUAGUCAUAGUUUUGUAAAUAGUAACCUUUCAAGACGGCCCAUCUUUGCAAAAUGUCUGACAUAUUUUGAGCUUUUUGAAAAUCUUCUGUAUUCACAUUUUUUUUUCUCUCUCUCCAGAUCGACCCACAGGGCCUCCUCCGUCUUACCCGCCACCCCCAGUACCUACUCCAGCAGCCUUCCUGCACCGCCCAGACUCCAGUCCAAAUUUGAACAGGGUCCAACCUCCAGUCCCGCCCCUGCACAGAUCACCCACCAGUCCAUUACCCAGAAAACCUCCACCCACUAUACCCCCUCCAUCCAUUCUAAACGCCAACAAAGGCCCACCACCUCCUGUUCCCUUUGCCCCCCAUCUGCAAAAGACCAUCUCCUCCUCUCCUCCCCCGACGCUUCCUCCCCCAAAUGUAAAGAAAAAUUUCCAGAGCAGAACCCCUUCGAUGGCGGCAGCUGACAAGAAAGACUGGAGGCCUCCGCCAGUUAUUGAAAAUGGUCCCAUGCGAUCCCCUACCCCUCCUGGAGGUAGCCAAUCUCAGAGCAACAACCACCAGGUGUUGCCCCCUCACCUCCGCACCAAGCCAAUCCUACCACCUCCACAUCUGGCCAAAACUGGGGGACUUCCCUUCAGGCUGGUGCCGCCAGACUCCCUUCCACCCUCUAGUAACCCUCCAUUGCCUGGACUUCACAAUAAACCAAUGAUACCUAAGCCUCCUCCACCUACAGCUAAACCUCCAAUACCUGCAAUUAAGUCCAAGCCGCUGGGAACUCCGCUUCAGUAAGUCUGACUCAAACAUGUAAAAAGAUUCAAAACCAAACACUCAACAAAUGAUUCCUCUGAAAAAGACAACCUAAGCUCACUAAGAUGUAUUUUUCCUCCAGAAGAGCGUCUCCAGAGGGCCAGAGUUUCCGAUCUUUGGGAGAGGAGACACCCUUAGAGAGCAGGAAGAAACACGGCUCAUCAAAAGGCAGUAAAGGGGAUGACUCUGACUCGGACUAUGAAAAUGUAAGAAAGCCUUAAGUGAUCUCAACUGGCAUCAUGGCCUCACACCUAAAAACUUUUACUAACCCUGACUCCAAAAUGACUGUUUUGUCCGAGCUAUUUCCAGGGAUAAUGGUCUUAGUUGACUGUUCAGUUUGAGCACUCUUAAGUCUGACAUCUUUUCUCUAAGCCAUUAUUUAAUAACCAUGAAUUGUUCUCUCUGCAGGCACAGCUGCCAGACACUGUGUUCAUCGACACAACUGAAACCUGCAUUGCAGAAAAGUAAGACACGUUCACUUUUAUCUAGUUGCAGUGCGAUAACUAGAAACAUAACUUUUAUCUGUGCUGCCCUCUAGUGGCAAAAAGGAGAACCACUUUCUCAUAACGCUCAGUGGAGUUUCAUUUUUAAUUUUUACUACAAUUUCUGUAGGUAGUCUUUGUUAUUGUCUUUCUGAUGACUUUUUUAAUUUUAUAUUUAGUUGUUAACACAUUUAAAGAACAAAAUGAAAAAUAACAAAUCUUCUUGCACUCCCAAUCUUGUAUGCAACAAAAUGCCUCAUCAAUGCAAAUACAUUUUAAUAAGUAGCAUAAAUAAGAAAGUAAAGUGGGCUGUAACCUUAAAUGCUGCUCUUGUCUGCAGGAUGUUCAAAGAGGGCCCCACCUCUCCACAGGACGGUCUCUACUGCAUCCGCAAUUCAGGAACCAAAACAUCCAAGGUAAAUAAAAAAUUAAAAUCUUAAAAAUGAUGUUUUAUAUAGAUAUUUUUGGCAUCUGUGUUUAUGCCUGGAGUCUUCCUGUUAUUGUGAAAUAAAAUGAAAUCAUUGUUGUAUCGUGUUCAGGUGCUUGUGGUGUGGGACAGCGGUAUAAACAAAGCCAGGAACUACAGACUGUUUGAAGAGGUAAAACACCUGCUUUGAACCAUAGUUUUAUCAUUCAGUUAUCUAUGUGUAUAGUGAAGGACAAUGCAAUAUUUGAAAAAAGGAAAAAAAAGCCUUUGCUAAACUCUGAUGUUGUUUCCUUGAUAGGGAGGUCUCAUUUUCCUGGACUGUGAACUCACCUUCCCUAAUCUGGCAGCACUGAUCGAACACUACUUCAACCACCCUCUUCCUCACCACGGCUCCCUCUGUCUGCAGAAGCCUUACACAGGGAUGUAAAGCUUCGGGUGGAGACAGUGAACACAUACUAAAAACUAUCAAAUACAAACUGUCAGCAAAGAAUAACAGAGAGAAGGAAAUGAAUCUGCAUCUGAAGUCCACCUCUUUCAAUCCUCACCUAGUGCUGUUGCAGAAUUCACCUUUCAGCUUCAUGAUGAUCAUGAGGACAGAAACUCUGACUACAUCCUGACAUCAAGUUUUGUGUGUAAACCUCAUAAAAUCACUUGUCAGUCACACAACAUAAACUUUAUUUAAUUUAACCAGACCAAUUUCCGACCGAACACAUGCAGAGAAAGAAUCCUAAUCCACAUUUGUGCCCUGAAAACAUCACCGUCUUUAAAUAAAGAGGUUAUAUAAGGACAAAGUUGAACAUGGAAAUCUCUAAAUCUGUCAUGGCUGAAAAAACGACAUUUAUCGGACAUGUUCCUGCAGCUUUAUGCAGAUGAAGAGUUGGUGUGAACAAGGAUCAACUAUCUGGACUUUUGAUAUCAGACUGGACAUAAAGAAAUAGUUAUUUUGUGUCUCAAACUGCUAAAAUAUUGAAUCUACUUUUAUAGUCUGUCUGUAAUGUAAAUCGCUCUUUAUUUAUAUGUAAAUCUGUAUGUACUGUAAAGAAUAGCUGUAAAAAUGUAAAUAUAUUCUUUUCUAUGAAAAUAUACAGAAAAUAAAUGAUGAGUAAAAAUGUU